AAUGCAGGAGGUAGGUAAAUACCUGAGGAGGGCGGAGCGUUUAUUCUCUUCCUCUGACAGAAACUCCCGACCUUUGAGACCAGCAGACAGACAGAGAGAUACUCAGUGAAAUAAAGAGAACAAUGGCUACAGACUUCACUCAGGACACGCUGUUACAUUUCCUCCAGAGCAGCGGAGGCCAGGUGAAAAACUCUGAUCUGAUUCUGCACUUCAGGAACUUCAUCAGGGACCAUGAGGACCGGAACCGAAACCGGGAGCUCUUCAAGAAGUUCGUCAACUCCGUGGCCACCGUGAGACAGAUCGACGGCGUCUCUUAUGUUGUUCUCAGGAAGAAAUUCAAUGCACAUGUCGGUGGUGGAGAAGGGAGUUCAUCCGAGCAGCCCACCGGGAGGAACGCCGAGCUCUCCCCGGAGAAAGGGAAGCAUAGCCCGGCUUGGAGCGCAGAGAAGCCUCGGCAGAAACUCCCACAGCUGAGGGAGGUGACAGCACCCGCCCCUGCAGGAGGAACAGCCGGGAAAACGAUCCUACCUGCAGCUGGGAUCAUGCUGCUCAACAACAACAACAUGGAAACUAAUUUAAACCUAAAAAGGAAACAGGUAAGCAGCACACCUGAACUUCCUGUCAGACCAGCAGCAGCAGCUCAGGUGGUGAGUCAGACCCCCAGACUCUCUGAGCCUCCUGACCCAGAUCAGAGCACUAAAGUGGGACAGCACAGGGUGGUGCAUCCUGCAGUCAGACCCCAUGGAGAAACCAGACAGCAGGUCCCAGUCCCAGAGGCCCGUCUGCAGCCUGCAGAGCUGCAGAGUCUUCAUCAGGAGCCUCCUCUUCAUCAUCAGGCGCAGGGUGCUCCACGCCGCGUCAGACCCCAUGGAGAAACCAGACAGCAGGUCCCAGUCCCAGAGGCCCGUCUGCAGCCUGCAGAGCUGCAGAGUCUUCAUCAGGAGCCUCCUCUUCAUCAUCAGGCGCAGGGUGCUCCACGCCGCAUCAGACCCCAUGGAGAAACCAGUCAGCAGGUCCCAGUCCCAGAACCCCUCAGAGGGAGGGAGGCCCGUCUGCAGAGUCUUCACCAGGAGCCUCCUCUUCAUCAGAAGCCUCCUUUUCAUCAGGAGCCUCAUCUUCAUCACGCCAGUCUUCAGGCGCAGGGUGCCCCACGCCACAUCAGACCUCAUGGAGAAACCAGUCAGCAGGUCCCAGUCCCAGAACCCCUUAGAGGGAGGGAGGUCCGUCUGCAGAGUCUUCAUCAGGAGCCUCCUCUUCAUCAGGAGCCUCCUCUUCAUCACGCCAGUCUUCAGGCGCAGGGUGCCCCACGCCACAUCAGACCCCAUGGAGAAACCAGCCAGCAGGUCCCAGUCCCAGAACCCCUCAGAGGGCGGGAGGCCCGUCUGCAGCCUGCAGAGCUGCAGAGUCUUCAUCAGGAGCCUCCUCUUCAUCAUCGGGCGCAGGGUGCCCCACGCCGCAUCAGACACAGGCCGAGCUACAAAUCUGCCGUCUCUUAUGAUGAAUAUGAGGAGGAAGAGGAGGAGGUCGUCCAGUUGAGACGAGGUUCAGCAGGAGGAGCGUGGCCCCUGAGCACUCCGCUCGGAGACAUGGGGAGGGCCAUCUCCGCCUCCUCGCCGUGCAUCAUAGACCAGCCUGUCGUGUCCUCCGCCUCCUCGCUGUGCAUCGUAGAGCAGCCUGUCCUCUCUUCCGCCUCCUCGCUGUGCAUCGUAGACCAGCCCGUUGUCUCUUCCGCCUCCUCGCUGUGCAUCGUAGACCAGCCCGUAGUCUCCUCCGUCUCCUCGUCCUCCUCUUCAUCAUCAGAAAUGAAGCUCCCACAGAUUUACGUCCAGGAUGUUGAAGGGAAAACGCUGCCCCCUGGUGGUGGCCCAGGCUGGCGCUCGGAGUCAGGGGCGGGUCAGAGAGGACAAUGGGCCGGGUCGGGGAUGGAACCCGGGUCUGUCCCGCCGGGGGAGUCCACCAGACGUAGCCUUCCUUUAGAGGCGGAGCGCUACAUGCCGUCGAACAGCAGAUAUGAAGAGCUCCAGGCCAGAGCAGGUCGCACUGGGAGCGGGUCUCAAAUCCAGGAAGUACUCGGGCGAGCCCAAAGGAAAAAGUUAGAAUCUGUGACGCAUCAAGCCAACAGUAAAACAACGACGCCUUGGCAUCACUCUACAGGCAGUCUCCAUGACGACCAGGAGCCCUCAGAUCGUUUGUCACCACUCCAUCACUCCAAUGACCAUCUCCACGUCGACCAGAGCUCUACAGCCCGUGUGAUGCCGUGGCACCUCUCCACAGGUGAUAUCUACGACGACAGAGAGGAGACAGAGUCGAGCGACGGCUCCACCUCUUCGCCGCCGCUGCGGACGCGUCCAUCGGUCGCCAGGCGGCUCAGCAGCCAGUUGAGGAACAGGAUGUGCCGCAGCCUGGGAGCCGACCUCGACCAGAUCCUCCAGGAGGAGGAGAGGGCCGGAGGAGGAAGUGAGGCGGCCCGUCUGAACCGCCUCCACAUGAUCUCCUCAUCACUCAGCCUACGCUACAACCUGUCGUCGUCCUCGCUGUCGUCCUGCUCCACGCCGCCUCGCUGCCGCAGCUCCACCGACCUGAACGAGGGGGUGGAAGGGAGGAGGAGCUCUCCUACCACCGCCUCCUCACCUGCUCAUCAUGAGGGCUCCAGUAGGCAGCAGUCAUUGGUUCCUCUGGAGCCCCGGGAGCACGCCUGGCUGGUGAAGGGAGCGGCGGGUGCCUGGCCCGACAUCUACACCCUCUUCAGAGAGGACUCGUCCUUGCUCAACAGACAAGACUUCAUCUCCGGCUUCACUGUGCUGCACUGGAUUGCGAAACACGGCGACCACAGAGUCCUCAACACCUUAUGGUAUGGAGUCCAAAAGGCUGGUUUGACCCUCGACGUAAAUGCCAAGUCAACAUGCGGCCACACGCCUCUCCAUAUUGCCGCCAUGCACGGCAACAAGAACAUAAUGCGGUUGCUGGUUAGCAAGUUCGACGCAGACGUGAAGCUGAGGGACACGGCUGGAAAGAAGCCCUGGCAGUAUCUGAGUCGCACCUGGCCGCCGGAUGUCUUCGAGCUGCUGGGAGCUCCGGCGCGGCUUACUGGGAAAGGGGAGGAAGGAGUCGGGAGAGAAGACCCCAACUUGGAACAGCGCCAGCCGCACCGCCGGCGUCGGCGGCAUCACCUCUCUUUCGCUUCCCCGGGAGACAGGCCGCUGACCAUGACGGGCACGACGAGGGUCAAAAGGUCGUCGUCGAUCGCAGCGUUCCUCAAACACAAAUCGAUGCUUCCGUUUUUAGGACAUCACUCUGACUCCUCCUUUUAAAAACUCAACUGAUGGAUUGAGUGGGAUUUUAAUUCUGAAACCUGAUUGGUUUACUGACCGGUUUGCUGGCCGGCUGGUUUCAUAAACGCAAACAAGGUUUACACCUGAGUUGGGCCUUCCCAAAGCACGGCCAAGAUCAAAACGUGGCUAAUGUAUGCCAUUCAGUGGCUGGUGGUGUAGCUAGCAUCAAUGGUCAAAUCAGUGGCCUAUUGGCUGUUUAACCCUGUAGUUGUCUACUGUAAUAUCCCAACAUAUAAAUAAAUAAAUAUAUAUGAUAAUACGUUAUCUCACCUGAAGUGUUUUAUCCAGCAACUCCUGGUCUUUUUAUCAGACGGGAAGAGAAAGAACGAGUGAAACCCGUCGCUGGUGUGAGUACAUCCCAGUACGAAACACAUCGCAGCUUCAGAGAGAGAGAGACAUCACUUGUGCGACUUUUGGGUGUGUGGUCUUUCUAAUUACGUAUUUUCACAGUCUUAUACUUCAACAGUUUUAUGACAAACUGAUAGAUAACGUAUCACUUGUGUGUGAACUUUUAAGGAACUAAUACCCCACAGUCAUGAGUUUAAAAGAAACCAAGUUCCUCACAGUUGACUUUUUGACAGGCCACAUUUCCACCACAGGAACUUUCCCCAAGAACCUUUUGAGGAACUCAUUGCGUUUCCACCGCAGGGACCAGUGUCUAAAUUAAGUUCCGGGGACGUCUUACGGGGCCUUUUUACCCCCAAAAAGGUCCUGAUUGUGGGGUAGUACUUUCUGAAAGUACUCUGCAAAAGUCCCCGGAACUUUUGGUGGAAACCCGGCUAUAUGAACCUUUGUUCUUGGUGCUUUGUCAGCUUGGUCAGCUUUGUCAGCCUAAAGCCUUGAGCUCAGUCUAAAUAACUGCAACGACAGGGAGCACUAGUUUCUGCACCGGAGCAUUCAGUUUCACCGGAUAUGAACACCAAAGGAAAGAUUGUUUGACAAAGACUGCUGGAUCUGAGACAUGUGAUAGUUUGAGGCAAGAGGCUAUUUGCAAGCACUUGUAGAUUAGCAGAGCGGAUCAGAUUUCAGCGUGAUUGUCUGUUGUUGUGGUGAGAGGACAAAGCAGCAGAAGGUGGAAAUUUAUGAGCCGCGGGGCAACAUGAGCUCCAGUUUCAGUCGGAAGCUUUGAUUCACUCGCUGGAGACACUUUCAGUACUCCAAAACGGACAUGAUUCUGCGGUUUUUUAACACCCACCCAUGUAAUAUGUACUUUUUCUUCCUCAUACUGCUUCCAAACUUUCCAUCAGUUUUUAAAAUUGAUUUUCUUCCUUCCAUGCGACCUUUCGUUUCAGUUCGUGUCUGCGAAAAUGAACUUGCAGUGAAAUUCAAUUUAGGGAGGUAGAGGACAAAACAUCAUGACCACCUUUACGAUGAAAUCAAAUCACGCUGCAGUAGGCACUACUUUUGUAAAGCUUCACUUUUUUGCUGGCACUGAAUUAGAGGUGUUUUACUUUGGUGGGGUGGUAAUUCUGGUUUGUUACAACUAGGGUCUUAUUUUGGUAGUUUUCUCCUUCAUGUCUGUCAAUGACAACAUUGUACUCACCAGCUGAGAUCUGGGAAUGCGGUGACAUCACUGAAAAGAAGUCUGACGGGUCGUAAAACACGAGCAGUGAGAUGAUCAGACAGGUUUUAAACAAGCCCCCUGGUUAGUCAAACAUUUACAAAAUGAUAAUCCGUGUAAAAGCCAAGAAGUAAGUUUGAGCUACUUUGACGGCCAAGAAAAAGACCAGCAAUAUAACCCUGUGUAAAAACAAACAAGAUAUAAUAUGUUAAUUGAACUUAAUUACUGAGCUUUAGAUGCGCUGGUAGGUGGAUUUUGAAUUGUCAAUGGGCUAUAGUUUCAUAUUUAUUGCACCGAUAUGAGAGUCGUGUCAAUCUUCUCAUCUAAUAA